AUGACCCAAACUAGCAGAAAAAACCCAGCACCCAUCCAAACAACUAAACUAGGACUUCAGGGGACUAAAGACAACCCCACCAUGCCUGACCCCCAGUCCAAUGAAGCCAGCAUCCCCAUCCACAAACUAACUGAUCUUCAGGGACAAGACACCCACCAUUUGCCUGACCCCAGGGCAGAAACCAAGCGACACCCAUCCACAACUAAUAGCCCUCAAGGGGACCCAAGACACCCACCAUGCCCUGAAACCCCCCCGCAGAAGCCAGCCACCCAUCCACUAACUAAUAGACUUCCAGGGGGAAAAGACAACCCACCAUGCCCUGACCCCAGCCCAAGAUGCCCACGCACCCAUCCACUAACAAUAGACCCUCCAGGGGACCCAAGACACCCACCAGCCCUGACCCAGCAAGAACCAGCACCCAUCCAGGGGAAACUAAAGAGAUCCAGGGGACAAGAACACUCCAACCAUGCCAUGACCCCAGCAGAAGCCAGCAACCAUUCCACAAAUAAUAGGGAAUUCAAGGAAAGGGACCCAAGACCACCAACCCAUGCCAUGACCCCAGCAGAUUGCCCAGCCCCACCCCAUCACAACUAA